AUGGGCGUCGACACCCGCAGACCCAUCCUCCCGGCCCCAACAGAGUCCGUCCUCGAUACCACAGUCGCCAGCACCACGGGCACUGCCACCGACCUUGCCACUGAUCUCUCCCGCCGGACUGACAAGACGUCCUACUCCAUCCCCGAAGAUGGCAGCCCCAUCACCAUCUCCACCCGCCGUCGUUCUUCGCGGCCGCGGGACAGGGACAGGGACCGCGAAGAGGGCGGAGGAGGCGGAGGAGGAGGGAAGAUGUCCCGCUCCUCCCAUCACUCCCAGACCUCCUUGCUCAUAGAGUACUUCGAGGGCGGCAAGAAAGGGUCCGGCAGCGGUGGCAUCAGCUCUCGGCCAAGCGUCAGGGUCAGAGUCACCCCUUCGUCCAGUAGGAAGACCAGAGACAGGGACAGGGAUAGAGAUAGAGAUAGAGACCGCAUACACAUUAGUGAAAACAGCGGAGGGAGAAGACCGUCGUAUACCAGACGCAUCUCGCUCAGCACGCCCACCAGGUCCUCGAAGGAUGCCGGCGGCAGAGCUGGUGCUGCCGGAGCCGGAGCUGAUGAUGAUGGCAGUCUGAGCUCCCUGACCGAUGGAGCAGAUGAUAUAGGUGCCUCGCGGGGCCAUCCGGUAGAGAUCGAGAUCGUCAACAGAGACAGCGAGGUCUCGUCAAGGUACAUCCAGCCCACCUCGGACAUUUCAUCCAUGCCCGCGGACAGCAUGCUCGACCGGCCCCUGGUACUCUCGGAAACUCAUACAAAUCGCCAUCGAAGCCACAGUCUCAGUGGAGAUGAGACCGAACCAGCCUCCGACUCGCGUGACUUGCUCAAGACACCUUCCAGAAGACGCAGUCGAAGUCUCAGCCGUGAGAGGAUUGCUCAAAAGGCCGCUGAGAAGAUCAGUGGUGGUGCUGGUGCUGGUGCUGGCUCUGGCUCUCGGGACCGCACUCGUUCAAAACACCGUUAUGGAGAAGGAAGCUCCUCGGGUGGCCUGGACUACAGCUCCAAACGGUCUGGAAAGAAUAGAGAACGAGAGAUGGUUAGUCCCGAGUCGAGCUAUCUCAGCACUUCCCUUGCAUCUGGAAACAACGGUAAGACCGGGAACGGUGAUCAGUACUCCUUCAGAUCAGGUACCUCUCGAUCAUCCCUCAAUAACCCUAAACUGCUCGAGACUGUCGAGGAUGCCAUUCGUCGACUCAUUCUGCCUGAACUCAAGGAGCUCAAGAAGGACCAGAAGGAUGACCCUUUGGCCCGAAUCAAGGCUGGUCGUGGUGCUGCUGGUGCCGGCACCGCCGCCCACAAGUCCUCCAAGGAGGAUGUUGCUGCCUCCUCAAAGCUGGCAAAGCGGUUCAGUGCUCCAGAUGUCUCUAGAAGCCUCGGCCUGGAUGCUGAGCGUAAUAAUACAAACUCGCCCGUCCGGUCUCCUGAAUCCCACUCCUCCUCGAGGUCCAAGGAACGAAGACAUGAGAAGCGAGCCAGUCCCGGUCGUGAACGGAGCUCCUCACGUCAGGAUCAUCUCUCGGUAGAAGCGCCAGGGGUCAGCCGGAAGAAGAGCAAGGGCCUACGCGAUGCUGAGGCGGCUAAGAUUGUUGGAACCGCCUUGACCACCGCAGCCCUGAAGCACCAUGAUUCAAACUCAAGCCUGGGCCGCCGGGACAGGGUUCACAAACGUAGCAAGAGCUCUCUUGCUAGCGGUAGUCGUGGAGCCGGAGCCGGAACAGCUCCCGGAUACAAUGAUACUGAACUCAUCUUCCAAAAGCACGAUGUUGCUCCCAUGCCUUUCCGCAGCGGUAUCGACUCCGAUAUGACCAGACAGUCCAUCCUUUCGCAGCAGUCGGCCCAGACUGCUACCGCCCUCGAAGGUGAAGUGUCCAGGGGCUCUCCUCGAGCACUCGCCUCUCCCAUUGGCCGCAUGACCCCUGAUGACAGCAGAAACCAGCAUGCCAGGGACCUGGGCAGUGGGCUCUCAGAGGAGAUCACCCGUGAAUACAACGAGUCUCCAACUCCAAAGGCCCUCGAGCCACAACAUCAUCAUGACCUCGACCUCGACUUCUCUAAUAACCGCGCUCUCAGCCCCAUCCAGAGCGUGGCUAGCUAUCAGGCUGACGAACACCACAAUCGCAGCUUGACUCCCGGCCAGGAAGGCGACGAAGCUUCCAAACAACCGCAAAGACUCUCAAUUGAGUCUCUCUCCUCGGCCGCAAGCACCGAUCUGGCCAGAUCAACCCGGACGGCAGACUACAGCCACCGCCAUCCUCCCACCAUUCCGGACGAAGAGCUGGGCUCCAAGCUGGAUAUCGGUGAAUCACAGAGGAACUCACCUAGUUACUGGGACCAUGACGAGCAUGACCAUGACCAUGACCAUGACCACGACCUUGACCAUGACCGUGACAUUGACAUCGAUUCCAAACACAUGACUAAUUAUACCGACGACACUUUUACGGAUCCUCUUGACCAGGGACAGCAGAUUGUUGGUUGCCGUGCUACGAAUGUGCAGUACGUGCAUACUCCCGUUGGAGUUGAGUCGGCAGUUGCGUCUCUCUUGGAUCCUUCACAGGUUUCGACUCGUUCGCCGCAUCCACUUGUCAAUCGCUCGUCAAGGAGCUAUACCCCUGGCAUGGAAGGCGAUGAAGGGGAAGGCGAGGGCGAGGGCCCAAGCAGACACCUGGAUCUCAAUGAAGAAGAUGAACAUGAGGCAGAAGAGGACCAGCACGAGCAUGACCAUGUAGAGGAAGAAGAGGAGCCCUAUGAAGAUGAGGAGGAAGAUGCUGACGUUGACCACCAACACGAGGACGACCGAGCGGUUGAUGAUGAACCCGCGGGACCACCAAGUGUUGACGAACGUCCAUUCCACGAACGCAUGGGCGUGACGUCUCCACCACACAGCACUGCGCAGUCUGAAGAGGACGAGGAAGACGAGGAAGAAGACCGGCCUAUCCUUGGUGCCAAUGCACUGCCCAACUCCGGUAGCCCGAUCCCUGAAAUAGGCCACAUGGUCGACACCGAAUCAGACAUCAACACCAACCCUUCCAUUAUUCAGGGCCCUAUUGGCGGCGUCCCGCACGAAGGUCGCGACCAUUGGCCCUACGAGCCCAGCCCGCCCCAAUCGGGCAGACAGCUCCUCUCCCCCGAACGCGAGCUCAACGAUGCCGAUCUACCUGGCGCCGGUUACGGUGCUGCGGGUGGUCUGGGUGUGAUCUCGGAAGAGCCCGGUCGUGACCGUUUUGAUUUGGACAAAGGUCUUGGUCCUAAUCCCUAUGGAAACGACCACUUCGAUAUGGCUUCUCCCAAUCCACGGGAUGAAGGGUACAUAUCUGGUGCAAAUCAUAGGUCGAACAGCAGUGCUACGCCAGAGCCAAAGGGUAAAGGAUUCGACCUGUCGAAUGAUAUCGUCGGUGGCCUUGGGAGUCCGAUGGAGGUCGAUGAUCCGUUUAACGAUAAACAUAAGCGGCACUUGAGCGGCUAUUCUCAUGGAAUGCCUUCGCCGCUGUACGAUAGCUCGACCGGUCGAGGUAUCGACAGGAUUCAGUCCAAGGAUAUCGUCGCCCUCAUGGACCAUUUGACGGUUCGUGAUGCCCAGCGAAAUGCAAGAGACACCGAGAUCCUGAUCACUCUUGUCCGCAGCGCUGCGGAAAUGCGCAAUUCCUUCGAGGAUAUGAAGAAAUACAUCGCCCAGCAGGACGAGAUGCUUCUUGAUGCAAACUCCAAGGGCCAUGACCGUACCCAGAAGGCCAUCGGCGGUCCUCGACCCAUGAUCACCCCUCGCACCCACAGCAAGAUGUCCAGCGAAUUUGAGGAGGAGAUGCGUUCGAAGAAGAAGAAUGUGUUCAAGCGGGCUUUGAAAACACUCAGUUUGAAGAGCUCCGGCGAUCUGACUAAUAUCGAGGAAAUGCUUCUUCAUUUGUUGACAGAAGUUGAGGCUCUGCGCGCGGCCCAGGAGGGACGAGCUCCUGUCAUGGGUACUUCUGCUGAGAAUAUCAACGGCCACGGACAGGGCAAUGCAGAUGGAUAUGACGAUCACGAUCGCAGUGGUGCUACCACAGCCGAACAAUCGCCAUAUAACUCCUCACCACUCCGUGCAGACGUCCGCGUUCAGUCUUCCCAGCGCAAUAUCAGUCCCGUCAUGGAAGAAAACGAAGAGGAGCCUCUAACCCGCGACGAGCAGGAGAUUCUCGAGAACCCAACUCCUCCUGGCUCCCGCUUUGUUGGCCGGCAUAAGCGAGGCGCUUCAGUGCCCCUUGCAACCCCCGAGCGAGUCCCCGUUGCCUCGCCGCCAAGUGCAGACACCACGCCCAAGAUGUCCAAUGAGAAAUCCCGCAAGACAAAAUCAAGCAGCUCGUCCUUCUUCCCCAAGAUAUCCCGCUGGUCCAGAACAACCGCAUCUUCCAUGGGAGAAAACAUCCGCAACAGCAUCCAGCCAAAUCGCAAAGAACGCUUAUCUUCCGACGCAUCGAGAUCAAACUCCGAUCUGGAAAACGCAAACUACACCACCGCCGAAUACUACGACCACCGCGGUGACGACCGGCUCCGCUCCACCACGAGCGUCAACAAGGAUGCCGCGGGCACAGAGAACCGUCCUCCUUCUCCUCUCGUGCCCUCCCAGGUCUCUGAAAUUCCCAAAUACAGAGCUCAUCGGGACAGCUUGAACCUUCAACACCCGCAACCCCGCCAGGGCCCUACAUCUCGGUACCAGACACAGCUGGAAUCCCAGGCCCAGCACUACGGCGUCCCCACUUCCCCUAAUUCCGACGCAUGGGCAUCAAACCCGACUCUCGGGGCACUUAACCGCGACCGCCCAUCCAGCGCGGCGGAUAACCACCGCCCCAUGUCCGCCGGCGCAUAUUCAGUCGGAUCAUCAAUAAUGAGCCAAUCCGGUCCUGCCCGACCACCUAAGAUCAGAGACGAUGGUCCCUUGAUACCACAGCGUUCAUCCAAGUUAAGCGAUGACCCGAACCCGAGCUAUGCAGAGCGCAUGGCGAUGCGAGAAGGCACAGCUCGCAUGGUUGACCAUGUUGUGAGUUCCAACCCUAACCCUAACCGCCUAAACUCCAAUGCAUUCGUAUACUAA